GUCAUUACUAAAACCUGUUUUAUCCUCACUAGACCAACAUGACGACCCGAGAAAUGCUCAGACGAUUUUGUGUGGUAAUGACUUUAUUCUACUGCGUCAAUAGCCAAGCGUUUUCAUCAGUAAGAAAUCUUGAAAUUAUUUACAACGAGGAAGGCAAGUUGGUAGAAGCUUUAAGAGACUUUGUGACUGUGUCGUUGACAGAAGGACACCCUAUAAGUGACUCCAUCACAAGUUUUUUGAAGACUGUGGACGAAGCAAGAUCUCGUGUAUACGAUGUGGAAAAGUGGAUGGGUAACCCCAUCAACGCUCUGCACUUCGUCAUCCGGGUCAUGACGGAUUGGGAACAAGUAAUAGCGUCCGUAACGUGUGAUACGUGUCGGGAUACAGGAGCUGCCAAAGGUCUAAUCCGAGUUUGGACUGCAGCAAAAAAUAUUAAAAAUUAUUGGCCGACCUUAAUAGAUAAACAGGAAAUCUACAAGAGCAUUUUGAGACUAUGGAAUUUAUAUGACCUUCAGCACACGGAUAUUCUGAACGGGAAAAUAGGAAACUCACAGACAGACCCGCUGACAUCCGGGGAAGUUAUGGAAAUGCUCCAACAGUCGAAACUCGCCAAUCUGCACUACAACCGUGUUGUCUGGCUUCAAUCGCUUGCGGACCGGCGUAGUAAUACAAGUCUUAGCAUAGACAUGAGUGUUUCUGACCAGGAACUGGACUUUGAUCUAGCAAUGGCCUACGCAGAUUUUAUGUUUCCUAGUAGGGUUAUUGACAUCAUGAGUAAAUACGAAGAUUCUGAGGAAAGAAUUGUACACCUGAGGUAUAUGAGUUUAAUGAGGAGAGCGUAUGCCAUACCGGUUAUGUUACAAAAACGCGAAGUAACACGGCCAACGAGAGAUUGGAGUAACA